AUGAGUCAAUACAAUGAAUUAUUGAAGUCGCAAACAUUAAAUGAAAAACAGAAGGAAGCAUUUAAAGAACUUCUAGAUGAGGAAUUCAAUAAAGUGAAUAUCAUAGGUUUUAAUUCGGGAAAGUUUGAUUUAAAUUUAAUUCUUCGUGAUUUAAACACUGCAAAAUGGAAAAUAAAAUCAAUGCUGGGUUCAUCUUCACAAUUUAAGCAAAUCAUUGUAAAGAAAACAAACACUCCAUAUGAAUUAAGAUUUAUUGACAUCAGAAAUUAUAUAGCGGGUGGGACAUUAGACCAAUUCACUCAAGAUUUCGGAAACAAUAAAUCACGUGUUAAAUCCUUUUUCCCUUAUCAAUUUAUCACAUGGGAAAAUUACGAAGAAGAAUUAUAUAAAGUGGAACCAUUCACUCAAGAUUCAUUUUAUUCAGCAUUAACUCAAGAAACUAUAUCAGAUAGUGAUUAUCAAAUAUAUCUCAAUGAUGCUAAAAAUUUUGAGAAUAGAUUAGAAUAUUUUAUUCAUUAUUGCAAUAAAGAUGUUGAAAUUAUGAUUGACCCAAUCGAUAAAAUUAUUGAAGAAACAUUUGUUUAUAAAAUUGAUAUGCUUCAUAAUCUUUCUUUAUCAUCGAAUGCAUCAAUGAUUCGUUACGCGUUAGCAUAUAAGAACUUCAAUCCUAACGAAACAUAUCCAGAAGAAGAAAAUGUGGAAUCAAGUUUUGAAUUAACAAAAAAGUAUUGGAAAUAUAAAAUUGAUUCAUAUAAGAAACAAGAUGAAAAGGCGAAAAGAGAUACCAAAAACAAUGUUUCAAUGGAUGACUAUCAAUACUAUCACGAUUUAAUCCUUUCAUCUAAAUGCAAAAUGUGUGGUAAAGC